CGCGGGGGCAGACCCGGGCCACUUGGUCCGCCCGCGGGUUCCAGAGCCGCGCCGCCAGCCUGAACGCCGUACGCGGCGCCCCGGGGGAGAAGGGCAAAGCGACGCGGCUAUGGCUCCGCGGGGACUCCCGGGGUCCGCCGUCCUCGCCGCUGCCGUCUUCGUGGGAGGCGCCGUGAGUUCGCCGCUAGUGGCCCCGGACAAUGGUGGCAGCCGCACUUUGCACUCGAGAACAGAGACGACCCCAUCGCCUACAAACAAUACUGGGAAUGGACAUCCAGAAUACAUUGCAUAUGUGCUUGUCCCUGUCUUCUUCAUCAUGGGUCUCUUUGGAGUCCUCAUCUGUCAUUUGCUUAAAAAGAAAGGUUAUCGUUGUACUACAGAGGCUGAGCAAGACAUCGAAGAGGAAAAGGUUGAAAAGAUAGAGUUGAAUGACAGUUUAAAUGAAAAUAGUGACACUGUUGGGCGAAUUGUCCACUACAUCAUGAAAAAUGAAGCAAAUGCUGACGUUUUAAAGGCUAUGGUGGCAGAUAACAGCUUGGGUGAUAUUGAAAGUCCAGUGACCCCCAGCACCCCUGGGAGCCCACCUGUGAGUCCUGGGCCCUUGUCACCAGGAGGUACCCCAGGGAAGCAUGUCUGCGGCCACCAUCUACACACAGUGGGUGGAGCUGUGGAGAGAGAUGUGUGUCAGCGGUGUCGGCACAAGCGAUGGCACUUCAUAAAACCCACCAACAAGUCCAGAGAGAGCCGGCCACGGCGCCAAGGUGAAGUCACUGUCCUCUCUGUUGGCAGGUUUAGAGUUACAAAAGUGGAAAAUAAGGCAAACCAGAAGGAGCGGAGAAGUUUGAUGUCUGUUAGUGGGACGGAGAGCGUCAAUGGAGAGGUGCCUGUAACACCUGUGAAGAGAGAGCGAAGUGGCACAGAGUAACAGCAGUGACUUUAUUUGAAGAGUUCUAAGAGACUGAAAAUUUACAAGAUAUGAAGUCGCCUAAGGAAUAUUUUUAUAUAUUUUAUACAAUUUCUAUCAUGAAGCCAGCCGGCAUGUGGAUACAGCCUCAAAGGGAAUAUUGUUACUGUGCUAGAAACAGAAUUCAGUUUCCUUUGAAACAAGUUUUGGUUUAGAAAGUGUCUUGAAAAAAUGUAUUACAUUUUCAGGGAGGGAAAGAGCUCAUUUUUUUAAUCUUGUCAGCGGCCCCCAGCCACCAUCUGUCCCAGUUGUCUAUCCCUGGGCUUGGGGUACACACUGUUUCCCCUUAGGAUCAUUAUGUGACAUACUGUGGAAUUAGUCCUGUAUAGUCUGAGCUCAUGCUCUGUGUAUAUGUGUGUUUCCCUUUCCAUCCCCCCAAAGUUUACCAUCCCCUUUUGAUACUGAUUGCAAGAAAAUCUCCAAUCAUUUCACCUCUAACCUUCCUUGCAUUGUCUCACACAUUAGAUUUCCUAGCCAGACUGUUACAAACAAAGAAACUUGAGUGACAAAAGGUCCUUGGAAAUAAUCUAGUCUAGUACUGAGAAAUUGAUCCUCCAAGAGAUGGGGAGUCCAGUGGGACCAGAUGCUAGACCUUGGCUUCCUAGUCCAAGAAUUCAGCAUUAACUCUGCUACCACCUUGCCACUCCCAGGUCACUGUUUUAGUCAGUUUUGUUUUGGUUAUUUUCUUCACUGCUGUGAUCGAAAGAACUGACAAAAACAAUUUUAGAGAAGUAAAAGUUUACUUGGCACUCAUGGUUUCAGAGGUCUCAGUCCAUAGGCAGCCAGCUCCAUUGCUCUGGCCUGAGAUAAGGCAGAGCAUCAUGGCAGAAAGAGUGUGACAGAGAAAAGCAGCUCAGGACAUGGCACCAGGAAGCAGAGAAAGAGAGAGCUCUUGCUCACCAGGGACAAAAUAUAAACACCAAGGCAUGCCUCCAGUGACCUAACUCUUUCAGCCACACCCUACCUGCCUGCAAACACCAUCCAUUUAAUCCGUUCAAGUGGAUUUAAUGCAGUAAUUAGGUUAAGGCUCAAAACCCCAUCAUUUCACCUAUACACUUCCUUGUAUUGUUUCACACUAGCUUUUGGGGGACACCUCAUUUAAACCAUAGCAGUCACUUAUCUAAUGUUAAGAGGGUUUUUUUUUUAAACUUGAGAUAAGCAAUUCUCAUUUAUUUAAUCCACUUAAUAAUGGGGGAAAAUAGUUUAAAGGCACACACAGACACACUCACAAAUCCUUGUUUCAAACCGGGCAUGGUGGCACAUGCCAGUAAUUCCAGAGACCCAGGGGGUGGAGAGAGGAGGAUCACAAGUUUGAGGCCAGCCUCAGCAACUUAGCAAGACCCUGUCUCAAAAUAAAAAAUAAUGGGGUAAAAAGGGCUGGGGAUAUGUUUCAGUGGUUAAGUACCCCUGGGUUCAAUCCCCAGUACGAAUAAAUAAAUAAAAAUCCUUGUUUUGACCAACUUGCGGCCAAAACAAAACAACCCACUUGUCAUAUAAGCUGGACCUGUGCGAACUUCUGCCUGCCUGUCCUUGUGUUCCUGCUUCCAAUCUCAUAACUAAUGCCCGGUAUUAAGAUUCCUAGUGGCCUGGGAAACACACACACACACACACACACACUCACUCACUCACUCACUCACUCUGUCUCUCUCCUUUCCUCCCUCCCUCCCUCUCCCUCCAACUUUACAUUUUAAGGAGCAACUGAGAACAUAGAGGCCAGGUUAGUAUUUUUGGUAGAUCUGUGGUUAGGUGAGGUACAUGUCUCUCCCACCUUCCUCUCUCCGUCCACAUCAGUGUUGGUGAGCGAGUGCCUUCAGUACUUCUUUUAUUUCAAAGAGAAAAAGCACAUUUCUCAUUUGGAUCCCAAAAAUUGUUUCUGUAAAAAUAUAUUUCCAAGUAUUACUGUAAAUAUACUUACUUGAUUCUGUUUCUGGCAUUAAACUAAAUAUUUUUAACCUUGAAAAUGAUGGUAGAUUUAAUUUCAUGUGAAUUCUUACUAACAACUAAUAAAUGAAAUAUGUGUGUACAUUCAUAUACAUAGGACAGAAGUCAUUAUGCAAAUUCACUGGGUCCAUCAAGUACUAGUCUAGAAAUUUUAGGGGUGUGUGUUAAUGUAAAUAAUAUAUAUGGGGUUUAGGCCAAUAGAUUUACAUAAAAAUAAAGCAUAAUAUUUUUGCUUUAAAAAUAUGCCCUCUGAAUGGUGAGGGAUAAGUGUAAGAUAUUCUUCAGCUUUAAUGAUGUUUUAAUUUUAUUCAAGUUGGAGCACUUUUUUAUAGCAAUACCAUAGGCAAGAGAAUACUCAGAAAUAUUUAAGAUUGUAUUUAUACCAAGGGUACAUUUUAAAUAUUUUCUAAUACUUGAGCAGUUUUUGUCUGACUGGCUUACAGAUAUGCCAAAAGUUAAGCAUUCAAUAUUUUCAACACAUACGCUUUUUUCUGGUUUAUAUUCUCUGAUGAGAAUUCUUAAGUGUUCCCAAAGCAACCGAUGUUUACAGGUCUUGUGUUUUUUCCUCCUUCUCUAGAAGGAUUGGGAUCCACAUUAAACUUACUAUCCAAAACACUAAUGAUGGACAGCUUCUUGGUGUCAUAAAUGAGUUGGCCACCACCUUGAUGUAAACAUUUGUAAAGGAAAUUUUUUCACUGUUUUGAGUGUCAAAUGUAUUUUUAACUGUCUGGUUUGUACUUUUGCAACUUUUGUACUACCAAAGCAGAGUUAAAAAUAAAAACAUUAAACAAUG